CGCGCUCGGAGGGUCUGGGAGGUGCCAUCAUGUCGACGGCCAUGAACUUCGGGUCCAAGAGCUUCCAGCCGCGGCCCCCGGACAAGGGCAGCUUCCCGCUGGAUCACUUCGGCGAAUGUAAAAGCUUUAAAGAGAAAUUCAUGAAGUGUCUCCGCGACAACAAUUUUGAAAACGCUCUGUGCAGAAAUGAAUCCAAAGAAUAUCUAGAAUGUAGAAUGGAGAGGCAACUGAUGGCACAAGAACCACUGGAGAAACUGGGAUUUGGAGAUCUGAUAGAUGGGAAAUCAGAGACAAAAACUCAAGUUUGACGGGAAGAAGGCCACCGGGCUGUGUCAGGGGUCAUCCGGGAUGGAGUGUGCUGCACGAACCUGUCACCCUGACGGUUUACUUCUUGGGUAGUGUGAGUUAGAAAGGGGCUUUCGGAAUGUCCUCAAAAUAGUCGCACAAAAUCAAAAUAGACAUCCCCUCCUUGAUGGACAUGUCUCAUAGCUGGGGCAUGGCUCGUCUUCGGAGGCUUCCCAAAUUAUUUUGAACAAUUGUUGUUCUUUUUAGAUUCUUAUUUUCCCCCAAGGGUGUUAGGUUUCAUCUUUACAUCCCUGUGUGUGACAGACUUCCUCAGGAGGCUGGGAUAGCAGGAGGUAAGAAUGCUGAGUGACGUCUGGGUUGGUGCGUGGGCACCACGGCGCUCCUGUGAAGUGGUGGCUCUCUGUUACGAUUCUGCGUAUCUUUUCAGUGCUAAAGUACUGAAUGCUCACGAAUCUCUGUCUAUUGUGUAGACAGAUACUGUCAGAAAACCAUUCCCUAACAAAAUGGUUUCCUUUUUGUACUUGUAAAUAUAUAUGCCAGCUUAUUUCCUUUUUUUUCUUUUAACAAAAAUAGUGUGCAAACUAGGAAGUGAGUAAUAGAAAUCUCUUGGCUUUUGAUAUAUUUGACAUCGUGAAUUUUUCCUGGUAAUGCCUGAACACGGUGUAUCUUUCUGAUCAAAGGGUCAUUUUCUCAUUUGUUUCAGGCUCUAUUUAUAAAACUAGAUGUUUAAUUUCAAUAAUUCAUUUAUUGUAACUCUGGAAAAUGGAAUGUCAGUACAUUUGUAGUUUGACUUACA